AUGAGCCGGUUCAUGGAACGGCCCACAGCAGAGCACCAGUCGGCCAUCAAGAGGAUUCUUCGCUACAUCGCGGGCACGAUCGACUACGGCCUGCACUUCGAGAGGCAUUCCAGAGCAGCGCACUUCGUCGGCUACUGCGAUAGCGACCUCGCCGGCGACAUCGACGCCAGCAAGAGCACGAGUGGCAUGCUGUUCUUCCUCGGCAGCAGCCUCGUGGGCUGGCAAUCACUCAAGCAACAGGUGGUGGCACUCUCUAGCUGCGAAGCAGAGUACAUCGCUGCCACCUCCGCCGCAACUCAGGCGCUGUGGCUGGCUCGUUUGAUGGGCGAGCUGCUCUGCAAGAAGGCUGAGGCGGUCGAGCUGCGGGUAGAUAGCAAGUCUGCCCUGGCAUUCGCCAAGAACCCCGUAUUCCAUGGGAGAAGCAAGCACAUCCAGAUUAAGUUCCACUUUAUCAGAAGCUGCUUGGAAGAGGGGAGUGUGAAGGCCAACUACAUCAACACCGUGGAUCAGCUCGCCGACAUUCUCACCAAACCACUUGGGCGAGUCAAGUUUCAAGAUAUGCACUCCCGCAUUGGUUUGAUCCACAUCAAGUCGGAGAAGGCUUUCUCUGCUCACUGUGUUCAGUGUGGUCUCUCGUCGGCUGUGUUUGUGUGCCUGAGUUCUAACGCGUGGUCCUUCAGAAACGGCCUCCUCGCAGCCGGGCUCGUCGACGGGCAGGUGGCGGUCUGGAAUCCGCGGCUCCGCGACACGCCGGAAGACGAGGGCUACUUCGACCGGGAUUUCCCGGUGGAGAUCGACUACGACUACUUAUCAGCGAGGAGGCCGCAGGCGACCCCCCUCCAUGCCCACGGCCGUUCGGGCAUCCUCGCCAAGGACGUCGCCGGGGAGCAGUCGGAGGAGGACACUUCGGACUGGGAGGUCGUCUCCAACUCCGGCAGCGACAUGGUCGCCAUGUUUGCUAAGCACGUCGGUCCGGUUCGAGGUCUAUCCUUUGGUUACCGCUCAUAUACAUUGCUUGCUUCCGGUGGAAGUCAUGGAAGAAUGCUUGUUUGGGAUCUAAAUGACCUCUCAAAAGAUGAAAUCCCCACAUUCGAGUUUACUGGAGCUGAUCGUGUGGAUACCUCAUCUUUAUCUUGGAGCCGUUCGGACAUUAUUGCUUCCGCUUCUAAUACUGGAACAUCUAUUUGGGAUAUAAAUGUGAAGUCACCUUUGGUUAGGAACUUACCAUGGACAAGAGAUUCUUCAGCUGUAGAAUGGAGUCCUAGUAAUGAGAAUCAAAUGGUUGCUGCUGGAUAUUACUUUGAUUUACCAUCAGUUCAGCUCUGGGACAUGAGGAAGGCAGGGAGGCCUGCGAAGCAGUUCUGCGAAGAUGCAAAAGGUGUUCUGGCACUAUCAUGGUGUCCACUUGGUGGUGAAGAUGUACUGCUAGCUUGCACUGGCAGCAACAAGAUCGUACUGUUGAAUGUCAAGAAAGGAGAGGUUGUGCAUGAGAAGGCAGCGCCUGGCGCUUGCUUGGACAUUCGCUGGAGUAGAAAGUCUGAAGAUCAUUUUGCUUUGUCAACUCGUGAGGAUGUACAUCUAUACCUUAGAGCUCCAGAGAUCUAGGUCGGGAUCUGAACCCGGAGGUUGUCAUCUGUUGGGAGAGUGAAAUCCAGGUGUACAGGAUAAUCCGAUUGUAUGACAUGCGUUCAAUGCUCGGAGUUGGAGGUACUUGGGUUUGGUACAGAUUCUGUUCAGUGCAGAGGCACAGUUUUGCAUAUGAUU